AUGGCAAUGCAAGCAGGAACCCCGUCCCCUCCAUUAAGCCCCCAAGUGAUUUGCUCUGUAUUUGUUGAGCAAUAUUACCACAUUCUACACGAGACACCAGACCAGGCGCAUAAGUUUUAUCAAGAUACAAGUAGGAUUGGCCGGACAGGUUCUGAUGGAGUCAUGGAAUACGUAACAACAUUGCCUGAGAUCAACAAGAAAAUAUUGUCUAUGGACUUCAGCAAAUACUUAACAGAGAUAGAGACUGCAGAUGCACUCUUAUCUCACAAUGGUGGCGUUAUCAUUGUUGUUACUGGAUCAUUAACCAUGUCUGAUGGCGUUUGCCAAAGAUUUACACAGACGUUCUUCCUUGCACCACAAGAAAGUGGUGGCUAUUUUGUUCUCAAUGAUAUUUUAAGGUUGAUAUCAGAAAGGAAUCAAGGAAAUGAAAGAACUCUGAAGGAUGGGCCUGUUGCUCAAUCAGUGGCAGAUCCUACUCCAGCUGUGGCGGUGGAGCAUAUGACCACUGACAUUGUUGCGGACGUGCAAGUUCCGAACUCUGGCACAACUGUUGAAAAUAACCCCACUGCUAAUGGAACUGUUGAAAAUAAUGUCGAGCCACCUGUGAAGGUGACCAAAGAGGAUGUGAAAAAGAUUUCUGUUGCUGUUGCCCCCCCUCCAGCUCAGAAGGAUAUUCCAAAAAAGACCCCUGUUGCUGCUUCUCCCCCUCCAGCUCAGAAAGAUGUCACUAAGAAGACUUACGCAUCAAUUGUGAAAGUCAUGAAGGAGGGCCCACCAACUCCAGUUGUCAAAUCUAAACCAUCUCCUAAACCUGUGACGAAACCUGCGAUCAAGGCUGUUGAAGGUCCAGAAAAGUCUUCCGUGAAAGCUCCUGAAACCGCACCAUCUGCCACGAGUGUUACCAAGAACAAAACUUCUCAUGAGGAACAAGGCUAUUCGAUUUUCGUCAAGAGUUUGCCUUUCAAUUCGACUACUCAAACGGUUGAAGAAGAGUUCAAGAAAUUUGGUGCAAUCAAGCCUGGUGGCAUCCAAGUUAGGAACAACAAGGUCGAUCAGUACUGCUUUGGCUUUGUUGAAUUUGAAACCCAGCAAGCUAUGCAAGCUGCAAUUCAGGCUUCUCCGCUAUUUAUAAAUGAGCUUGAAGUGCGUAUUGAGCAGAAGCGGACCAGUACGAGAGUUGUGAAUGGUGUUGUCAUGAAUGCUGGUGGAGGCGGCCGUUUCCAAUAUGGGAGGGGUCACCGUGGUGGAGGACGUGGUGGUGGCUAUGGGAACAAUGCGAACUACCGUGGUGGUGAUAACUUCCACAGCAGGAGGGACGAGAACGGUGAUGACUUCAACAACAUGAGAGACGACGGUGAUAGCUUCAACAGGCGGAACGACGGUGAGAACUUCAACAGGAGGAACCGAAACGAGUACUCCGGGGGUCGUGGUGGGCGAGGGCCGCCGCCCCAGGGGAACGGCUACCACCACCACAACGGGAACGGCUUCCACCAGCCACGGCCCUUCCCAAACGAGAAUGGGAGGUAUGCCCGUGCCAAUGGCGGCCCGAAGCAAACACAGGUUGGCGCGUAGAGGGCCAGCGGAAACCAGUCUAGAGGAUAGGAGGUCAGAUUCUUUUAGCAGUCGCUAGUAAGUUUAGCGCUGCUUGCUUGGCGGUGUAUGGUAGGUGAAUGGAUUUUGUGUUGAUGAACGUCAAUUGGUUGGUGGGUGAUGCGGAGAUCAAAUUGUGUCGAUCGGAACAGAACCCCAGUCUGGGAAGCGCAAGAUGCAAAGAUCUGCUGUUGUUGUUGUAAUUCAUGUUAUCUCUUAUCGCUGUUGUUGU